AUGUCGGUAACUGGCGCCACUUCGGGCGCCUUGAUAUUUUCUGGUGCCACCUUAAUUGUUUCGUUAUUCACUGCAGCUGCCAUAUAUGGCCAGGUCAGCACUAUCUGGGAUGAACUCGACGCUGAAAUGAACAGUUUCAAAAUACUCACCGACGAUCUCUGGAAAGACAUGGUCGGUCUUGGAGCUGGUACUCCAUCAAAUCGUGUCAGACGAGAGUCUUACGGAGGCUACGGAGCGAGUGGGUCUCAAGAACCAAUGAAAAACCCUUCGGCAGGCUACGGUAGCACCCCGCCAAUUUCAAGAUGCAUGUGUGCUCUGGAGAACAACUGCCCUCCUGGUCCUGCUGGAGUAACUGGAUUUCCUGGACCAGAUGGGUACGACGGGCUUGAUGGAAUACCUGGACAUGAUGGCCUCGAUUGCGAUGACGUCAUGAAUGAGGCUUCACAGGGCUGUUUCACUUGCCCUCAGGGGCUUCCUGGUCCACAAGGACCCGCAGGAGCUCCAGGAGUUCGUGGAAUGCGUGGAGCUAGAGGACAGCCCGGUGCACCUGGAAGAGAUGGAGGCCCAGGAAUGCCCGGAGAAAUGGGACCUCCGGGACCACCUGGUGCUGAUGGAACUCCGGGAAAGCCCGGAGAAAAGGGAGACGAUGCCGAGAAACCCGUUGGACGAGCUGGACCACGCGGAGCUCCCGGAGAACAGGGACCAGAAGGUCCUGAGGGAUCCCCCGGUAGGGAUGCCUAUCCCGGUCAACAAGGCCCACAAGGAGAACAAGGAAGUCCAGGAUACCAGGGAGCUGCGGGCCCAGAUGGAGAUGAAGGGCCCCAAGGACCUCCUGGCAACCCCGGCAAGGAUGCCGAGUACUGCAAGUGUCCUGAUCGUGAAUCUGAUUACAAGUCUGGAGGGCAUCAUGGAAAUGGGUACAGAAGAAAAAAACAUCGCAAGCACUAA